AUGAUCAAUUUUCCGGGUUACUCGUACUCUAUUGAGAACGAAGGCGCGUGCGCGCGCGAAUGGUGGGCAGUGAUGGGGGGGCCGCGGCGCAUGUCCAGUGCGCUGCUGCUGCCCUUCGCGCUGCUGUCCCUGCCACAUACAGACGCUGGCAACGCUACCACCUACCGGGAAGAAGUAGAAUCGUCACUCCGUCUGGUGCAUGCAGUAGCUACUGGUGCAACGGGCGCGCUGUGUGUCACACAUCGGUAUGGGCGGCUGCGGGCACCACUGCACGCUGCACGCUGGGACACUGCAAGAGCCAGGGCUGAUCUAGCUGCUAAUUUACUUCAUCAACUGGGCUUGGAAUCAGCAGAAGUCCUAAUGGCAGUAUCACAAGGCUUAGUGCUUGGAUCAAGUCCUUCGGAGCGCGCUGUGGGGGCAAGAGCACUGGCUUUAAGAUCUGAUGGAGUGGUGAACAGUGCAGUAGCAUGGGAAAGAUACGGCACUGCUGAUCCUAUUGCUGUUGUGUCUCCACAGUUGGAAAAGCCACCAGACCCUGAAUAUCCGUGGUAUGUAUCAGCACAUGAGAUAGAAACACUUCGGUCUCCGAAGUUCAUGCCCUCUCCACCUGGUGCCACAAUGGAGGGAUGGUGGACGUAUCCAUAUUACAGCUGCGAAGCAAAGCGUUGGUUAUUGUCCUAUACCGUGCCUGUUGCUACAGUACGAGGAUUGAAAGGUAUUGUCUCGCUAGACAUAGACAUAUCGAGCUUGGAAAUAAACCAGUGCGAGGCAGAUACUGAAGACGAUAAUGAUAACCAAAUAUAUUCUUUUCACGGGACACACAAAUGCCCUAACGACACUACUUACUGUGAAUACAAACCAAACAGAGAAAUGAAUGUGCGACAUGCUGGUUGGGCACGAGGGUCAUAUAUUUGCCGAUGUCGUCCCGGAUACUAUUCGACACAUCACCGAGAAGGAUAUAAUGGAUCCCUUGUCGAAGUGGCUUACCAAGAAUACGAAGAAAACGAUCUUGAAAACUGGAGUGAGCCUUACGAGUGUCUGAAAUGUCAGCCGGGCUGCGAAACAUGCCGGGGACCGGAACCCUGCCUCGCCACCUACAACUGGCCAUUCCGGAUAUCUUUACUGGUAAUAUCAGUGAGCUGCGCUGUCAUGACAGUAUGUCUGACCAUCUAUACUCGUCACCAUCGCAGGGUGAAAGUGUUUCGAGUAGCCAGUCCUGUCUUUCUGUCUAUAACACUUCUUGGAUGCGCUAUCAUGUAUAUGGAGAUGGCAGCUAUAUUCCCGGUGUUGGAUAGAUACUCCUGUAUUGCAACAAAAUGGACCAGACAUAUGGGAUUCUGUAUUACAUACACAGCACUUCUGAUGAAAACAUGGAGGGUAUCAUUAACAUACCGAGUGAAGUCAGCGCACAAACUGAAGUUGACAGACAAGCAGUUGCUGCAGUGGAUGGCGCCGAUACUCCUCAUCAUGCUGGUCUACCUCGGCACCUGGACACUGUCCGCCCCGCCUGAUGCUGAAGUUAUAACAGACAACAGGGGCCUGAAAUUCAAGCAAUGUACUUACAAUUGGUGGGAUCACAGUUUAGCUAUAGGUGAAAUCCUGUUCCUACUAUGGGGCGUACGGGUAUGUUACCGCGUCCGGCACGCCGAGAGCUUGUACAACGAGGCGCGACUCAUCUCUAUAGCCAUAUACAACAUAUUUACUGUCAACUCUCUCAUGAUAGCUUUCCAUUUACUAAUAUUGCCUCGGGCUGGACCUGACAUUAAGUAUCUUCUUGGGUUCAUAAGAACUCAGCUGUCUACAUCAACAACAGUGCUGUUGGUGUUUUUACCUAAGGUUUUACGUGUGGUACGAGGUACAGGCGACACGUGGGACAGUCGAGCCCGUGCCCGUGGAGUACCAGCUUCGUCCUCACUCAAUGGCAUCGGCCUUGUGCCUGAUGAACCACCUGACCUCUAUCAAGAAAAUGAGGAACUUAAGGAAGAAGUUCAAAAGCUAGCAGCUCAGAUAGAGUUCAUGAAGAUAGUGCAGAUGGAGAUGCACAACCGUCACCUGCGGCCGCGGCCCGGCGGGUACUUCACUACCAACGCUAACUCUGCCGCGCCGCAGAGCCCUAUACAUCCAAAGACUGUUAACAUUUCACAGGACAGUACAGAGUGGAGCGGACCAGUGUGACUGGUAGCGCUGAGCGAUAGUGGGUGGUCGUGGCCGGGCCCGGCGGGCAAGCACGUCACCACCACCGUGGACGUGCGCCCCCCGGCAUACGUGUGACGUCACAACUCACCACAUCACGCAUCCAUUGCUUUGUUUCGCUCAGUUCAGUGAUCAGACUUUUAUUUGCUCUUUAAGUGGCUAAGUAACUUUAUUUCUUACAAGUUUAUCUUACUUCGGACAAUCCAAAACUUUUACUUCAACAAGACAAGUGAUUUAUAUUGUUGUUUGAACUUAUUCAUAGUGACCUCAACAAGCUAUUCGGUAGUGAGUACAGCUGUGCCAUUUAUUCCAAAAAAUUAUUGCAUCAUCAAAUCAAGUCUGUUGAUAGUGUGUAAAUGUAUUUAUAUUUUGGAAUGACGAUAAAUCGUAACUGUUGUUUAUUAGAUAGGAUAAUGUCAUUAAGUAAUAAUAUUAAAUUAGCAAUUUUUAUGUUCAAUUAUAAUAACAUUCAUAUAUUGGUAUAAAAAAGUUAGUAGUCAAUAUUGAUUACUGUUAAAUACUCAUUACAGAUAACCAAUUUGUAACAUUUACCAAAGAAUUGUAUUAAUUUUACUGUUUAGUACAAAGUGUGCUACCAAAUAAUAGCAUAGAUAGCCAUAAACUGUGUUGUUUUAAGUAUAUUAUUAUUAUGCUUAUUCUAGUUUAAUCUUCCAAGCAUUGUAUUGUAAACAUUCCAUGUUUGCAUUGUAUCCUCAAUAUUUUAUUUUAUUUUAAAUAUAAAAAGUCAUUAUAAUUCACUAUGGUCUGGUUAACCAAACAUGUUCCUUCUCAAAGAGCCCAAUAGGAGAGACAAGAAGUUUGGUUAACAAUAGACAGCCGCCUGCUCGAUGUCAUUGCAAAAAAAAAUAGAUAUCACGAAACAUCAGUCAUUCGAAUUUCAAAUUGAGAAAUUGGCGGGAAUAAAAUUAUUUAUAAUUUGUGUAAUAUAAUUAUGUGUAGCUAUAGGUACAUUAAAAUGUCGGGCACUGAGUGUUCAUCGUUAGGACAGACAAUAACAAGUAAAAUUUUCGAAAAAACAUAACUUCAUAAGUCGUUAUGGAAUUUAACAACUAAACAAAAUCAUAUUUAAUUUAGAUUUAAAUUUAAUUAUUAAGUUUGAGCAUUUUAAAACAUAACUACUCGAUGAACUAUGUAUUAUGUGUUGUAAACUAGUACAUGCAUCAUAAACCAUUUGUAUAGAUUUAGGCGUAAAAAAUUGUACAUAUGAAUCAAAAUAAAGCAUAAAUUCUAAAGUGUUGUACAUAAACUCAUUAGAGAUGUUUAAUUAUUAUUUUGUUUCAUUUACCAUCUGUGAUAAGCAGUAUUAUCAAUUAUAAUGAUGUAGUUGUAUGAAUCUUUAAAGAGUAGCCAUCUAACAUACUUUACACAGACAGAAAGAAGACUUUACCUAUCAAAAAUUGUACUGGUUGACUUUAUAACAUUAUAAUUAUAUACUUCAUAGAAUUCCAACAAAUACAGCAUCAAUGAAUAUAACCAACUACAGUAAAGCAAUUCAAAAUCUUUAAAGAUUCAAACAGCAAGCUGCUAUUAUAUGGUUUGAGAUAUAGUAUUUUAAUAGAAAAAAUCUAUCCAUUUCACUUUUAUGGUGUGUCCACAUCUAGCAAAGGUCUUAUUACGAACAACUGAAGAAUGGCGCAAGAUACGUGUAAACUUAAAAUUAUGUAGUCCAGGGUUGCUCAGGAGUGAGAUAUUUGUAAGAUGUAGAUACACCAUUAGGCUUUAGCUCAAAUAUAAAAGGCGAGCAAAGGACCGGGCCCGUUUCUUUGCCCAUCUUUUUCUAACCCUAAGAUUUCAAUCUUCACUUUCUAUUCUAACUUAGAGUAUAAUGAAUGUUUUUUUUGACGCUAGUUGGGUUGGUUAUCCUAUCAUUUACUUAAUGUAGGUGUUAAACAAUACUGUGCUACUAAGUGUGUCAUUAGAAUAUAAUUCAAAAUGGAAGUUUAUAUGCUGGUUUUUAAAUAAUUCAUGCAAAUAAAAUGUGAAACGAAGAAGUUAAUCUGUGCAUGUAUUUUGAAGUAAUCAUUAUAUUUUAUGGCUUCAAAGUUUAAGUGCAAUUUACACAAAUUAAUAGUAAUAUUAGAAUGGGUUAAGGUGGUUUAGAGGCAAAGUAUUGUGUCGUGAUAAACUACAUGUAAGUAUGUCUUUUACCUUAAUACAGUACGGCCGCCGUAUCUUGAUGACUCUGAAGUUAGCCGUUUGUCUGCGCAAUAGAUCUUUAAGGAACAAAAUUGUGUACUGCGCAGCUAAUCGGCUAACUUCAGACUCGCCAAGAUACGUCGGCGGUAUUGUAAAUGUAUGAAACUGAUAUGCUCCUGAACGCCACGAUACGAUAGCAUGUUUCCGCCUCUGUCAAGUAACCAUUAAGUUUGAUGUUCACUUUUUAAGUGUUUGGAAAGAAUUUUGUAAAUUAUAAUUAGGUGUUUAUUAUGUGUAAACUUUACACUUGUUUAUUUUGAUAUAUAUUUAAAUUUUAAUGUUGAAUUUACUGUUUGAUUUUCAAUCGAACACAAAAUAUUCUGUAAUUAAACUUGAGAGAAAUAAAUCAUAUUGAUAAUGUUCUGUAUAAAAUUGGAUAUAUUUUAACAUAAUCUUAUUCCAAUCAGACAACAACUUUGAGAGAAAAUUACUAAGAUAAUAAAUUCAGAGCAGAAAAAAAACUUAUUUCAAAGACCAGAUUUACUGUCUCAAUAAACAAAAUCUGCUUACAAAAACAUUUAGAAAUGUUAUGUACUUAAGGUGUGAACAAUCUGCCAGUAAAAUCAUCAAGUACUUAAAUGAGUGUGGUAUAACACUAAUGACUCUGAAAGAAAUAAUUGUAGCCUUUAUUCAGAAGAGUAAAACUCAUCAUUUGUAGGUGUGCCAGUAGCUUAAGUUUUAAAUGUGAUAUAAAUAAAAAUUAGUACAAUAUAAUAUUCAAUUUUUAUUUUCUUGAAUAUAAUUUUACUAUUUGAAUCUCUUUAGACUUAAACUAUUUCAUGUUCUAUGUGCCAAGUUAUAAAUUUUCGAAGUGAAUAUAAAAAUUUAAAUGUAUCAAUUUUUGUAUAGUUUUUUUUAGAUAAUAAAAUACAUUACAUAGUAAUCACAAUGUAACUGAGUGUUAUAUUAGAAUUGGUGUAAUAAGUAUUGUUAAUCUAUGAUACUCGUUUCUAGGCGAAUUUUAUGUAAGAAGUUCUGUUUUUACAUUAAAAUAAAAAUGACUGUUUAUGUUGUUUUAUUCCAUUAACCGCCUGCCAUACAUGACAAACAAUAGAAAACACAUUGUGUCUAGCAUGGUUGUGUACUCCAGCAUCUCACAUAUAAAUUCCUCCACUGAAACAUUAUCACUGUCCAUUAAAAAACAGCAUCAAAGUCCAUUGCGAAGUUUAAAGAUUUAAGCAAACCUUGGAAUAUAGUGACAGAAAAAGCGACUUUAUACUACUUAUGUAGUUACGAGCUGUCAUGUAGUUACUUAUGUAGUUACGAG